AUGGCGGUCCUUCCCGCCGAAGAGGAGGAGCUCUUCGAGCAGCGACGCAGGAGCAGCUCCCUAAGCAGCACGGCCGGUGCUGAACGGGAAAGCGCGGUAACUCUUACCGCUAGAGACCGCAUCAGGGAGCGGCUGAAAAGGUCCAACAGCAGAAAUGGGGGGGAGGGCACACCGAGAGCACGGAAGGCUAGCGAAGCUCGGGUUGGGGGGUCAGGUAGGGUUGGAAGAGUGGAUGGUUUCAAGGGGGUUCCGAGAAGGGAUGGGGCAGGGGGGGGGAGUGGGGCAGGUGAGCUCGAAACAGCUCCGAGAGAGGGGGGCAGCUCGGCUAUUCCGGCAAGGAGCACUGGGCCCCCUGGGCAGGAAAGUGGUGCCCGUCAGCCGAAGGGGGAGGAACAAGAAGAAAAGCGAAAGAAGAAGCACCACAGAGAUAGGGAGGGAGGAAAGUCCGAAAGACGAAGAGAGGAGUCUGGAAGGAGUAAAAGUCUGGCUAAGGAAAGCAGUGGGAGAACAAAAGAGAGUGGUAAAAGUCGAAACGAGGGUGGUAAUAGGGACUCUGAGCGCAAAGUAAAUGCUGGGGGCUCUGUAGGAGCUCUUCUUGGCCGUCCUUCGGACCAUGCAAGCGAGUCUUCAAGAAAAGAGGAGCGGCAAAUUGAUGAGCCGAUAGAAAGGGUAAGGAGGGAGGAUGUUACAGCGACAGAGCCAAGCGCCAGCGGUAAAAGCAGCGGUUGGCUGCAAGGAGCUCAAGCGGACACACGCCAAGCUUCCGACGGGGAGGGUGCUGCGACAAACAAGAGGCGGACAACAGAAAAGACGCUUGGGGAGAGCGAGCGGAGGAGGAGGGAAAAGCUUGGCAUAAGCAGCGGGCGCGAUGGGUCCUUUUCCGAGGGCCCCGUUUCGGCACGGCGCGGCUCACCGCUAGGGAAUGCACAAAGGCAGGAUUCGCUCACACAGGGCCCUGGCUCAAGCUGGCACGACUCCUUUUCAGAAACUUCGCAAAAGCCAGACUCUUUCUUAGAAGCAAGAAGAGGUAAUGACCCGUUCACUGACAGUGGUGGCUCGACAAGGAGAGAGCGUCGCAGGCGGGAGGGUAAAUCGGAGUCUGCUUUGGGAAGCAAUAAGAGAUCUGGUUUUGGGGACCAAGGCGGCUGGACUCCAAACGACGAGGAUGGAAGCGACGAGUAUGGGGAGGGGAACGCACUGUCCGCCUUUGAACGCGCCCUGGGGGCGUUUUCGGAACCGCCACACAAUGCUGACGUGGCACAGCUUCGGACGCAAGAACAACAUCCUGAGAUAGAGGAGAUCGUUAGAAGCCUCCCACCGCCCAACGCCGGCGAGCUCUCGGCGCCCGGUGACGUCACUCUUUUCGGCCAGACCCUCUCAGGCAGCCCCUCCUGCACACUCGUGCGAUCGUGCCCCCCCUCGAGCGCGCUCUCGCUCUGGGGGGACGCCGCAGACUCGAGCACACUCAUCGUCUUUCCCCCCUGGCUGACGGUGGCCGCAUCAGCGGAGCCAGCGUAUCUCCCGCAGGAUGACGGGCUGUUUAUUGUUCAGAGGCCGAGAACUAGAACGAGGAACAAUAUGCGUAUGGUGAACCGUUUGGUGCACGAAUGUCGAGUGCGGGGCCCUCUGCAGAGAUGGUUUGUGGAUGGGGACGUGAACCAGAUGCGGUGCUUAGGGGAUCCCCUUGCGAAGGAGAUGAACCGACUGGCAAAACGGUACAACCCUGACGCGCCGUAUCUCCAGUACUUCCGGCACGUGCCCAGCCGUCGCUUCUUCACGGGGGGCCGCCGCGCGCUUUACCGCCUCGACAUCGAACUCGGUCGGCUGGAGUUUCUGGAGCACCCUCUCGCGAGCCGGGAAGACAUUCUGGCCGGCCAAUUGCUCGCAGCGUUUCGGGAGUACAAGAAACGGGAACGGGCGGGAUUAACGGGGUUCUACGAGGACAAGGUGAAGGCGCUCCAGGCGAGCGUGGAUGCCGCGAGGGGGGGGUCGAAACGGCCGGUCGGCGAGGGGGGGGCGACCGCAAGAAUGCCCGCUACGCUGGAUGGUCAUUCUGGGGGGGCGCCAAUGACCAUCAAAAGGCUGGGGAGUGGGAAGAACGAGGGAUUGGAGGCUGCUGACGUGGCGCAGAACGGGCUGACGUCAGCGGAUCCGGAGGGGCCGGACGCCCGUUUGGCGGAGAUGCGCGCGGAGCUGCGCGAGGCGCGCGAGCUGCGGGACGGGGAGGAGCGGCUGAUGCGCGAGCUGGUGGCGCGCAUGCGGGACGUGUACCGGGAGGUGGAGGAGGCGCGGCAGCGGCAGGGUUUCAGGACCACCGUUAUCCAGCUCGUCGUCAAGAAGGAAGAGCCAAACCCCGAGCGCGACGCCGUGCGCUACGAGCAGGACCUGCGGCUGCUCGUGGACGAAGCCGCGGCCGCCCACGCCGCCGCAGCGGCACGCGACCGCGCGGCGUGGGCGGAGGCGCGCGCGAAGGCCGCGCAAAAGCUCGCGCAGGAGGAGCAGAGCGCAACGGAAGCGCGCGAGGCGCGGCGGCGGCUGCGCGACGAGGCGCGCGAGCGCAUGCGGGGUUUUGGGGAGGGUUUAGGGCGAGAGGAGGAGGUCGGGGAGGAGCAGGAGACGGAGGAAGAGGUGCGCACGCGCGCGCGCGUGGAGGAGAGUCGGAGGGAGCUGGAAGCGAUGGUGCCUCCCGAAGGGAAGCCGUUCGACGAGAGGAGGGCGAAGAAGCGGGCAAUAAAGGAGCUGAGGAGUUCCCACUACCGCCAACCUGGCGACCCGAUCCUCACCCCGCUCCUAGUCGCCGGCCUCCCGCGCGACGAGACGAACGUCCCCAAACCCGAGGUCGCGCGCCGGCGCGCGGUCGGCCGCUGCAGGGUUUACGCGAGGCUUAUCGUGAACGGUCACGCGGUCGGCCAGGCGGUCGACUGCGCGCUGCGGCAGGACUUCAGCCUGGACUUCCGGGACGUAUUCACACUGCAGCUGCUGCGUUGGCCGGAGAGUGUGAAGGUGCAGCUGUGGGAACGGGGACUGCGGGACGCCCUCAUUGCGGAGGUCUUCCUUGCGGUGCCCCUUCCUGACGAGGCCUCCGGGCUGGUGUCUCUGCAAGAAUACCAGUUCACGGGAUCGGUUCCGUUCUCGCCCCUGUGGCCACACAACGGAACGGUUCCGAACGGAACGAUCCAUACGGCGGCGAACGGCGCUGUUGGGUACAGGGUACACUAUCCCAGCGGCGUGUUGCACGCGCGCGUGGCCUGGGUGGACACGCGCGACCAGCGCGACCUCGAGAGCAGCGCGGCGAUCGCGCCGCCCGCGCCGCCGCUCCUCCGGGGUUUAGACCCAGGGCGCCAUCGGAGCGCCAUUGGGGGGAUCGGUCAGGUGAGCCCGUUCCAGCUGGCGGCCUGGCUGCGCCGCACGGGCCUGGACCCGAACGACCCGCGCAACGCGCCCGUGCUGGAGCUCCUGCGCGCGCAGGACGCGUGCGCGCGCGCGGGCCGCGCGUUCCGGCUGCACAGCACCGAGGAGGAGCUGCGCCUGGAGGGCGCGCGCGCGAGCAAGCGGCUCGCGCUGCUCAAGAUCCGGUGGAACAAGAGCGGAAUCCACAGCGGCGUCGAAGUCCCUCUCCUCGAGAGCCACGUGGACGACAAAAUGCUGGACGAGCUCACGCAGGGGGGUCCGCUCGUGCGGAGCGCCCCCAGCCGGGGCGGCCCCCCCGAAACGCGACAGGCGAUCGCGGCGCUGCGCGCGACGGAGGAGCGGCAGCGGCGCAUCCAGGAUUUUCUGUCGCGGGUUCAGGCGAACGUCGAGAAACAUAAGCGGCUCAGGACGGGCGUGCGACAGUACAAGGUUGACGACGUGAUCAAGGACACCCCCCUCCCCGAGUUCAAGCUGAACCUCGACUUCCUGUUCCACCUGCUCGCCCCGCGGCGCAAGCUGCGCCCCGCGAAGCGCCCGGUGAAAGUUUUGGCCGCGCACCCCGACCGGUGCGAAAUCGCAGUCUACGUGCAAAAGGCGCACAACGUCCCGGUGAGAAAGACGCGGCGCCGGACGGGGGGGCCGUACGCGCAGCAAGGAGGAGGGGGGGGGAGGAGGGACGGGCUGAUGACUCCGCAAGCAAGGGGCAGCAGCUGGGAUCGGCGAGCCGUUCCGCUCCUCGUCUUUGAACCGGAACCGGAAUUCUCAGAACGGGUGUGCCCAUUCGUGGAGGUGUCAUUCCAGGGCGCCACCAAGCGCACGCGCGCGUCCGAGGGCCCCAACCCCCAGUGGAACGAGCUCGUCGCGCUGCCGUUCAUGCCCGCAGGCGGCGAUUUCUCGCCUUCUUCUCUCAAGAACUCUUCAGACCUUCUGCGAAUCAGCGUAUUCGACGAAGUCCCCGCUCCUCCCGACGAGGACGACAACAACCCCGAGUCGCAGCAAGAACAGCCGCUACAGAGGCGGUACCUCGGUUCCUUCAGCCUGCUGGCCGGGAGCAUUUACCAGGCGGGCGGCGUGCACGGCGCGUUCCCGGUGCAGACCCCCCCGGUCAACCUGGGCUUCAAGCAGCUCCACGACGGGGCCGCCACGCUGCUCACGCUGCAUAUCACGCUGCGACCGCAGCUCGCGGUGCCGCAGCACGUUCCGGAGGAAGUUCAGAGCGGCGAGGAAGAGGACCUGGCGCGGUACGCUCACGUGUGGCAGCGGGAUCUGCUCGCCAUGCCAGUGUGCAAAGGGCGGGUUAUCAAGGCGCUCGCGACCGAUCACGAGGGCGCCGCGAUCUUUCUGCCGCGCUUCGUGAGCCCGCUCGCGCCGCCGCCCGCGCUCCUCGACGACGACCCGGCAGGGCCCGGGUCCAAAGACGUCGCCAUGCGACGCCUGCUGCGGUUUGUGUCGAUGGUGCCGUUUGUCGAGGAUUGGGCGGCGUUCCAGAGCGCGGGGGCGGACGUGUGGAUGACGUGCCGCGAUUUCCUGUCGUUGUGCGCGGGCGACUCGGAGGAGCACGCGCUGACGUUGUGCAAUUACUUUCUGCACUCCGGCUGGCCGGCGUAUGUUGCGCUGGGAGUGGGCACGCGGGACGCCGAGGCCGCGUGCGUGGUAACGAUCGCGGGCGACGGCGCGGCCGGCGACGCGCAUGACGUCACUAGGGUUUGGAAUGCGAGCACGGGGCGCGUGUACGCCGCGGAGGACGCGAGCUGCGAGCUGCGCCAGGUGGGCGUCGUGUUCAACGAGCACAACAUCUGGGCCAACGUCCAGCCGGUGGGGGCCCCGUGGGAGAUCAGUUGGCGCCUCAACGACCCGCGCUGCUGGCGGCCCUUCUUCGCCGACAAGGCCUUCCCGCACAGGGACCUCGGAAGCGUCCAGGUCCCGGUUCAGUACGUGAGUUUGCCCGGCGACUUUUACAAGGAGCUGGAGGCGUGCCUGGAGCGGGAGGUUAUGGACGCAAUCACCGCGGCCAGGAAACUCGUGUACACGCACUUCAACAGAAGGUGCUCGCGCAUUCUCAAGGAGCUCCUGCGCGACCUUGAGCACGACGCGCUCUCCGCGCCACUGCCGCAGCCGCCUGACGUCAUCCUCGACCCGGACGACCCGCGCUCCGCGGCCGGCGCGGCCGCGCGGCGGUACGCGGUCGCGGCCGCGGACAAUUAUGCGAUGCUCGCGCCCGUGCUCAAGAAUUACGACAUCGUGGGCUUCCCGCUGAACCUGCCGUUUACGGACGGGUCCGCGGUUACGGACGCGGUUCUGAGUACGCACAUCCAGCACAAGUACCACAAGGACGUCGAGUUUGCGGUCGCGACGUACGUCAAACCGUACGACGUCUCCUUCGUAUGCUCCAUUUGGGUAUACGUCGCCGCUCUCACCAAGAAAUAA